GAGUGGCGUCGCUGAGACAGAGUUAAGCGAGCAGACGAGAAGUUUGGAAUCGUAACAUUAAAGUUUAGCUCGGUUUCACGACCCGAAGGACUAGUUUUGGACCUCCUCUGGUGUUCCGUUUAUAAGCUACUGUGCGUGAAGAUGAUGAAAGUGUACCUCACCGUGUUUUUCCUGGCUGCUGCUGUCUUCGCCGAGUCGGUACGAGAGACAGAAACAUGGGUGCGCGACGAGGGGGUGGAGCCGCACGACGCCGACCUCGAGUCAUCUGGCGAUUUUGGUUUCAAUGAUGAGCUGGACUUAUUGUCCGUCGAGGAAGAUGAUGAGUAUGAGUUUUCAGGCUCUGGUGAUGAUGAUGAUGAAGAAGAUGAAUAUGGCGACUACAAUGCAAAGGCAACAGAUGAGUCUGAAAUAAACAACGAAAUCCCAGACGCAGAUCCUCCACGGAUACUGACUGAGCCAGACGAUGAUCUGGACUUGGUGCGACAAAACGAGAUUGCUCAUUCAUCCAGCGUCCAGCAGAACAAAGCUGAACAGAACAUUUUUAACAAGACAGAAGUUCUUGCAGCUGUCAUUGCUGGCGGUGCCGUUGGCCUGCUCUUCGCCGUCCUCCUCAUCCUUCUUCUGGUCUACCGCAUGAAGAAGAAAGACGAAGGCAGUUACGACUUGGGCAAAAAGCCCAUCUACAAGAAAGCACCCACCACCGAGAUCUAUGCAUGAACGUGCGAAGCCACACCAUCUGAAGCAAAUAAGAAAUUCCGAACUCUAAACUCACAUAGUGCCUCCGACGCACGGCCAACCUCACUCUCUCUUCUACCUGAGAAACCGUAACAUCACAGCUUCUGAAUGAAAACGUGAUUACUCUGGACAUUUCAGCAGAACCUCACCAGGUCAAAGUCGCCGGGAGGGGAAGGUUCUCUGUUGCCAAACUGCACUGUACAAGUUUUGACAUUAUCCUUUUUGGCGUUUUUCUUUUUUUUUUAAUGCCCAAAGUGAAAUGCCAUUUGGUCCCUUGCCUUUAAGCUUUCCCUGGUUUGUAAACACUACAAGGUGCAAAGAGGACUUUUGCAGGUACAUGACACGGAUUAGAAAUCAGGAUAAAACUUUAAGCGGACUUUUAUCUGUGCCAUUGAGGGGAAUGUUACUGUAGCCUUUUGCUUGUUAAGACGUUUAAUUUUGUGUUGCUGAUUAGUAUCAGAGGUACAGAUUGUGAACAUGCUGUUCAUCUUAUAAAACUGACCUUUGGGCAUUCACGUUAAGCUGAAUAUACACAUUUAAAAGCCUCAACAGUUCUACCUUUUUUUUUAAUGAGCUUGCAGAUUUUAUAUAUAUAUAUAUAUAUAUAUAUAUAUAUACAAUAAACCAGGUGUUCUUACAUUCCAUAUAUUCACCUCAUAGUAAUUAUGAAUGAGUUUUAAGGCUAACGUCAUGGUGAAACGCUUCAUGGUUUUCUGAUUUGACUGACAGCCAAGCCCAGGCAUUGUUACUCAGAGCUGUUCUCCUCUUAGCUCGUUUAACAGGUACGUCUUUUGCCGCUGACUGAAAAGUCUCUGCAAACAGACUUCUGAUUUCCAGGGAUGUGUAAAUAGCCGUUUGAAUAAAAUGUACUUUUGGCAGACUUUUAUUUACCAAAUAUUUAAAUGCCAAAACUUUCUUCUUAUCACUUUUUUUUCCCGGUAUUGAGUUUAUAAAUUAAACAUGGAAUGAUGAUCUUUUAUUAUUGUUAUAAAUAUUAUUAUUAUUAUAUUGUUUCUUUGCCUUUGAGAAACAGUACGAAGUUUCAAAAAAUGAUAAUGACCAAUGCUAAUACUAACGUUUUCCUGUCAACUUUGUUUCCUGUCUCCUUUUCAGUGUUUCAUAGAUGACUUCUUUUUUUUUAUUUCAUUUUUAUUUUGUUUUUGUAUUAAUUUAACUGUCAAAUAGCUUAUUUUAUUGCCUUCCUUCAGGUUGGGGGUUCCUCCCCUCUAAGCUGUACAUGUGAUUUAGAAAAAAAGAAAUCUGUACACUAGUGAAAGAUUUUCAGAAGAGUUUUGAAGCAAUUUUUUGUGUUGUUUUGUAAAAGUUUCUAUUCCUUUUAGACCUUUUUAAGCGAUAUAUAUAUUAUAUAUUUAUAUUUUGUAGAAGGAUGCUCAGAGUAGUGCCAGGGUGAGUGAAUGAACCAUGUCAUUUGCAUGGAGAAAAGUAAGAAAAUCUGCUGCUUUUUUUUUCUACAUCACACGAUGUAAAUUCACCAAUCUAGUCGAGGAAUCAAUGAAUCAUUGGUUUCUGCUUGCAGGUUCUAAUCUGAUUGGAAAUAAAGCGAUUUUAUGCACAUUAACAUU